GGUGCCCCGUUGCCAGGGGACGCCGAGCAGUGUUCAGGCCAUGGCGGCAGCGAAGAAGCAGGUUCCCCGGGAGCCAUUGAGCUUCGUGCUGCGCGGGCACCGGGCCCCGCUCCGAGAGAAACGAAAUGAAUUUCUCAGUAAUACUCAGAAAACUGCACUUGGCCAACAUCAUAACUCUCAUGAAUUAGCCAAGAACCAGGCACCUCUGGGCAACCUGAAAAACACUUCAUGGACUCACGAGGAAGAAAUGGCUGGUUUGUCUUCUCAGAAGGACAGUCCCACCAUUGACGACCUAGAGGAAAGUUUACAGAAGCUGAAAGUCCAAGUGCACCCACGCUUGGCCCACAGCUUGAGUCUUGACUCUGACACCGAAGAUGUCUCUGGUUCAGAUGCCACGGACCUCUGUAGUCCUGGUCAAUCUCAGUGGUCUGAAGAUCGAUGUACCCCAUCUCCUGAGUGGGAGAGGGAAGCCCUGCUGAAGGCACCCAUGGACUUGGGACGGUUUCUGAGUCCCCAGCGCUUGGCCACACCGUUGGGAAAUAACUCACACCUUAGGACUUUAGGCCUUCCAGUGAGGUCCCUGGCUCCAGGCAACUCCAGAGCAGGCCUUCUGGGAAGUGAGGUGUCCAGCAGUAGCUGUCUGCCCUCUGUAGCCUUGGUGAUGGAUGGGUCCCCAGCACAGUCCUGCCCGCCUAAACUAGGAGCACCUCACGUGAUCGGUGUGAAGUCUCUGCUGCCUCCUAAGAUCCCAGUGAGGUCCUGCUCUCCCCAGAGGAGAGGCGGCUCUCCCAGAAUACCCAGAGGCAGGUCUCUUUCUCUCACCCGAUCCCAUUCUUUCUCCCCGGCUUCCAAAAGGACGCGAUGGGUCCGGUCUCAUUCCCAGUCCCCCAGGCCCAUCUGGAGACCCACCUCAGCCAGAGCCAAUGCUUGUGCACAGCCCCCACCUCAGCUCAUCCAAUCCAGGGGAAGCAGAAGGAAACCGGCACUCAGCAGACCAUCUCAAUUUCGAACUUCUAAGACUGGUCCCUGGGCUGCCCCCCGGGGCUGCAUGCCCCCCGAAACCAGGGAGGAAGAAACCCUGGACCACUCCUGGAGCCCUUACUGCCUGCCUGUGCCUGGGAUCUCCUCCCCCCUGGCUCAGGAGAUGAACGAAAGGUUCUUCCAGACCCUCCAAGAAGGGCAUGUGCAUCAGUCCCUGGGGACCGUGGCCCCCAUCCAGAGAGCCUUGACACGACUCCGUUUGCAGCGCCUUCGGGCAGAGGAAGAGUGGGUAUUGGAGCUGAAGAGACAGCAAGAGCAGGAACGGACCCGAGGCCCCAAGGCCAAGUGGUACGAGAUGAGAAGCUCCCAGUUCCAUUAUGAAGCCCACAAACAUAAUGAGAGGCUGAGGAAUAGCCAGGUCUCGCCGCUGCUCUGUAAACUAGAGACAGGAACUGGCUUCUGAGGCCAAGGAGUUCGACGAGCACUCCCUGCCUGCCCACCUGGAUUCCUUUUUAACACAGCAGGAUGGUUAGGAACGGGUUUGGAAGGCUAGUGAAGCUAUCAGCUGAAGCCUUCGAGUUCUCCAGGGUUCUCUGGCCUUGUGGAAUGGAGAGCAAGGAGGCCACUGUCUUCCAGAAUGAACACCCCAAACCCCAGAGGAACCUUCCUUUGGAAGAGGGAGAGAAAGAGCCAGCUCUUCUUACUGACUGGACAAAGAUUGGAAGGUCUCAUCUUGGAACAGAGAAACUCGAAGCCGAAAGGAGACGUGGGCUUGUCUCUCUCGUCCCCACUGCUUAAAACCCAGCAGAGAAGGACUGGCUUCUUCUGGAGAGAUGUUUGUCCAUUCAUUCACUCGCUCAAAGUGCACUUGUGAAAUAUCUACCAUCACUAAUUGCCAAGUGAGAUACAAAGUGUAGCUAAGACAACUCUUGUUUUCAUUCAGUUUGGUAAAACAAAUACCAAGUGGGGCUCUGUCAUUGACAUGACAUUCAGGGAGCUCGCAGCCUCUUCAAGGGGACGAGAUAAACAGAGAGCACCAGAAUAUACAGUAUUAUGACUUGAGUGCCCCAGAGAGUCCAGAGGAAGGCUGUUGCCAGCCAGGGCUUGAUGGAGGUGGGGGCUAGGGAAUGGGGAAGUCUCUCUGGACAAAGUAGUAAUGGAAUUGGGCUUUGAAGAAUGAGUUAAUAUUUAACAAGCCAAGAAGGGGAGGAAGGGCGCUAACCUGCAAACCAUGGGACAGGAGCUGCUGGUGUUGGUGUUGGCCACAUUACAAACGUGAUUAAAUAAAAAGUUCUGAUCAAUAGUGUUUGAAUGGACCGAGCACUUCCCGGUGCUUUGGGAUUUAUAAAAGUGUGUGUACUGUGUCUAAUUAGCUGUCCAAAGGAGGAGUCAGAAGCAAAAAGACUGCCCCUGUUACAUGAUUUUCCCCCUAACAUUUAGACACUUGAAUCAUGUUUAUUAAAUGUUUGGUUGGGUCAAAAGCUAGGCAUUUGGGGCAAGGUCGGGGUUAUUUUUAGGUUACAGGGGGGACAAUCAUAUUGGGACUGAUUAACAGAAUCCCGACAAAUGUUCCUGUCUUUGAUUAAGACAUCAUAAAAUAUACCCAUUGUUUUCUA